GCCGAGCGCGCCGCUGCACCGGGCCCGCCGCGCGCUCCCUGGCUCUCUGGCUCGCCGGCUCGCUGGGGACGGGCAGGAAUCGGAGCAGCACUGCCGCCUCUGGCGCGAAGGCUCAGGCGCCUCCUCCCGCCGCGCUCACUGUGGCUCGGCGCACGCCGCCGGCGGCUGCCCUUUCCGCCUCUGGGGAAGAACGACCCUCGGGUCGCCGUCGCGCUCGAACCAUGGCCUCGGGCCGAAGGGGCUGGGACAGCUCCCACGAAGAUGAUCUGCCCGUGUACCUGGCCAGGCCGGGCACCACCGACCAGGUCCCGCGGCAGAAGUACGGCGGCAUGUUCUGCAACGUGGAGGGCGCCUUCGAGAGCAAGACGCUGGAUUUCGAUGCCCUGAGCGUCGGACAGCGGGGCGCGAAGACUCCUCGGAGCAGCCAGGGCGGCAGCCGCAGCUCGGGGAGCCGGCCCGGGGUCGAGGGGGACACCCCGCGCCGGGGCCAAGGCCGGGAGGAGGGCAGGGAGCCCGCGCCCGCGUCGCCCGCGCCCGCCGGGGUGGAGAUUCGGAGCGCCACCGGCAAGGAGGUGUUGCAGAACCUGGGCCCCAAGGACAAGAGUGACCGUCUCCUUAUCAAGGGAGGCAGAAUCGUCAACGAUGAUCAAUCCUUUUAUGCCGAUAUUUACAUGGAAGAUGGCUUAAUCAAGCAAAUUGGAGACAAUCUGAUUGUCCCUGGAGGAGUGAAGACCAUCGAAGCCAAUGGGAAGAUGGUGAUCCCUGGAGGCAUCGACGUCCACACUCACUUCCAGAUGCCAUACAAGGGAAUGACCACAGUGGAUGACUUCUUCCAAGGGACCAAGGCGGCCUUAGCAGGUGGCACCACCAUGAUCAUUGACCACGUGGUGCCUGAGCCCGAGUCCAGCCUGACUGAGGCCUAUGAGAAGUGGCGAGAGUGGGCUGACGGGAAGAGCUGCUGUGACUACGCUUUGCACGUGGACAUCACCCACUGGAACGACAGCGUCAAGCAGGAAGUGCAGAACCUCAUCAAGGACAAAGGAGUUAACUCCUUCAUGGUUUACAUGGCCUAUAAGGAUUUGUAUCAAGUGUCCAACACAGAGCUCUAUGAGAUCUUCACCUGCCUGGGAGAGCUGGGGGCCAUUGCUCAAGUUCAUGCCGAGAAUGGGGAUAUCAUUGCCCAGGAGCAAACCCGCAUGUUGGAGAUGGGGAUAACUGGCCCAGAAGGCCAUGUACUGAGCAGACCAGAGGAGCUGGAAGCUGAGGCUGUGUUCCGUGCCAUCACCAUUGCCAGCCAAACCAAUUGCCCUCUCUAUAUCACGAAGGUCAUGAGCAAGAGCGCGGCUGACCUCAUCUCGCAAGCCAGGAAAAAAGGAAACGUGGUCUUUGGCGAGCCCAUCACCGCCAGCCUGGGCAUAGAUGGAACCCAUUACUGGAGCAAGAACUGGGCCAAGGCGGCUGCGUUCGUGACAUCCCCACCUCUGAGUCCUGACCCAACCACUCCUGACUACAUCAACUCCCUGCUGGCCAGUGGGGAUCUGCAACUGUCUGGAAGUGCCCACUGCACUUUCAGCACUGCCCAGAAAGCGAUUGGGAAGGACAACUUCACAGCCAUUCCCGAGGGCACCAAUGGUGUGGAGGAGCGGAUGUCUGUCAUCUGGGACAAGGCCGUGGCCACAGGGAAAAUGGAUGAAAACCAGUUCGUGGCUGUGACAAGCACGAACGCUGCCAAGAUCUUCAACCUGUAUCCCCGCAAGGGAAGAAUAUCUGUGGGCUCUGACAGCGACCUGGUCAUCUGGGAUCCGGAUGCUGUGAAGAUCGUCUCUGCCAAGAACCACCAGUCUGCUGCAGAGUAUAACAUCUUUGAAGGGAUGGAGCUGCGUGGGGCUCCUCUGGUUGUCAUCUGCCAGGGCAAGAUCAUGCUGGAAGAUGGCAACCUGCACGUGACCCAGGGGGCCGGCCGCUUCAUCCCCUGCAGCCCGUUCUCCGACUACGUCUACAAGCGCAUUAAAGCCCGGAGGAAGAUGGCAGACCUGCAUGCCGUCCCGAGGGGCAUGUACGAUGGGCCCGUGUUUGACCUGACCACCACCCCCAAAGGGGGCACCCCCGCGGGCUCAACCCGGGGCUCUCCCACUCGGCCAAACCCACCCGUGAGGAAUCUGCACCAGUCUGGAUUUAGUCUGUCAGGCACCCAAGUGGAUGAGGGGGUCCGCUCCGCCAGCAAGCGCAUCGUGGCGCCCCCUGGAGGCCGUUCUAAUAUCACAUCCCUGAGUUAAGCAAGCCCUCCCCAAAGAGAGGGCAGAAGCAAGAAGAGAUUUUCUUGAAGCCAAAAUGGUACACCGAUAUUUAAGAAGGAAAGUGAAUCCAAACAGUUGCGAUCUAAAGAAUCAACAAGCCUCAAGCCUUAUGUUUCUCCAAUGUUACGCUCGCUUGCCUAGCUUUACGAAUAUUGCUUUGUUUUCUGUUUAUGCAUAGCCUUGAUUUGUUCGGACCCUCCCCAUUUACAUGCAUGCAAUCAGACAGGCCACUAAGGUAAAAGAGUCUGCUAUAUCAUUAUAGUGUUGAGAGCGUGUGUAGUGCUGCAUCUUACGACAAGGGGACAGACAAAGCUGGGAUGUCAGGGACAAAAGGGACGCAGGUUACUUGGGGUGAGUGGGUGGUGGGAGCCCGGAGCAGGGUGGAGGGCGCAGCGGGGCUGGGGUUGGGCGUGUAGGCGGGAGGUGGGUGGGCCGGGUGAGCGGAAGGGGUGUUGUGUAUUGUGUUGAUGACGUACGUUUAUUUCCAUGGGAGAUGGCCGCUUGUGGCAGCUGUCCCUUCAUCAGGGUCCCCUGGGGUCUGCGGAGAAGGCAGGCAGUCUUUGGGUUCUGGACUUUGUCACGUCCCCUCCUAGUAGAUUUUGUUUCUUUGAACAUUUAUUAAAAUGUCAAAACCCAACCAUUUCUUCCACCUGCUUCAUUGUUGCCAGUGCUUGCUCGAGCCUCUUUCUCAGUGUUGCUUCCAAAUCCUCCUCUCUUUCCUGGGCUGGGAAGGGCGGACAGGGGGAGAGCAGGUGAUGCUCCUCCUCCUCUCGCCCUCCCUGCGCCUCUGGUGCUCUUAAAAGCCAACAGCUGAGAACACAGCACAGGCCCUCAGAGGUGAGGGCGGCCGCAGCUUAAACACGCCUCCCUCUAAACAUGGUGAGUUCCCUCUCCUUCUCCUGUCUUUGCAAACCGCGAAGAGUAGCAUGGUUCCGCGUCCGGAGUUAGGAUUUUAGCUUAGACGGGGCAGAAUGAAGGGCCUCUCUUGCCAGUGGUGAGUGAUUCUCUUGAUGUCCUGAGAUCCAGGCAUAUCCAUAAUAAUAGGAUAUUUUUUUGAAAGUUGAUUUCAUUAGGUGUUCCCUAAGUUUUACUAUAAUGGGUAAUCUCGGUUUAUAUGAGAGUCAAGCAGAGAUUUGGGAAAGCCAGUCUUGAGCAGAGGGAGCACAUUUUGUGGCCCCGGUUCUGUUUUCCUAUUCUAAAUCAUGUUUCCCCUCCCAUUGGCAGACCUUCUGGGGGAAUCUUUUUGUUUCAGUACCAGUAUCUCCCCAGGUGAGUGGAAAUGCCAUGAUGCAGCCCUCCCACGGGGGCGCCCGAGGGAAAUUAGCACGGAGUGUUUGCAUCUGCCUUGCCUGUCACAGCUGAUGUCCGUUUCCCUCUCAUGCCACUUCUGAAAAUUCAGUUUUGGAACAAGUUCUGUGAGCAAGAUGAGGAUGUGUAGAACCAAGACGCCCAUUUGCAGGAAAAAAUAUAUUCCACCUGGGAAUCGUACCUCUGUGCUCUGGGGGGCCCGGCUGGUAGAACCCAUAGCCCUGUGUACUAAGUACUUUGGGGAGAAGAGCAGGCCUCAAACACCUUUUAAGUGCUUAGAAGAAACCAGUAUCUUUGACUUCAGGUUUUAAAAAGUUGAAGACUAGAGAAAAGCCAACACUUGGCUACAAAGGAGUUUGGAAAUAGCCAGGGAAGAGGAUUUCCCCUAGCAAGCUACUUUCUGUUCCAAUCGUGAAAAAGACUUUUCCCCCUCAUAAUAAUCUUGCUAUUUUUAAGGCUCUCAUGGUGCUUUUCUUUUAAGGGAAACUUAGGUAAAAGGGAAAAUGUGACUCUUCAUUUGCAAUUCAAAGAUUUGGGGGCCUAUCCUAGAACUGAGAAUGGCAGUUUCAUAGGCAGAGCGAGUUUGCCAGAUCUGAACCAUAUACCUCAUUAGCUGGGCUGGGCUGUAGGAUAGGUUGCAGUUCCAGCCACAACCACCAGAUGGAGGAACAGGUACAUAAAUAAACUCAAUUCUGAGCAUCCACUUCUGCACCAUCUGCUCUGCCGUUUCCCCCCUCCUGAGUCCAAGUCAGUCCUCCACAGCUUCUCUAUGCCAUGAAGAUACAUCCUCCAUGGCCAAAUGGGUCACCUGCACUGCACUUGGGACUUCCAAAAUGAAGCAUCCCAUUGGAACUUUGUGUUCCACACAAGCGUUCCAUGCUGUAGGAACAACGCCUUCAUGCCCUCCGGAUGGGCAGCGUUAUCUAAGGAAGCCUCUCUUUCUUCACUUACCAUGACUAACUUCCUUUCCAAGCAUAGACAUUCCUGAGAAUUCCUAGAAAAAACUUCCACCAUUUUCUUAACAUGAGUACCGAGGGAUAUGUUACUUAAGUUAAAAUUGAUAUUCAGAUUUGUUCUGUUCCAUAAGACACAUCAAACAGCCCUAUGCAAAGGGUUUAGGAAAAGAAAACGACGAGCCGUGGCCCUCUCCAGCUUCACCGGCACCUCAUCCAGAUGUGGGAAGGCACGCUGGAUCUUGUCCACUGCCAGGCUGUCUUUGCCAUCUCAUCCCUUGGCCCGGCCCCUCUCUGAGCGUGCCCCUGCCACCCCCCAGCCUCCUCACAUUGUCCCUACACCCAGAUGGCAAUCAGUUGGAGUUCUUUCUGAGAGGGCCACCAGCUUGGGUAGUUGAAAAGGUAUUUGUGGAACUGUUAAAUCAGCCACCCCGGUAGAGCUAUUUCAUUCACUUCUAAAUUUUCUAGAGAUAGCAGGAUUAUAGUUAUCCCCAAAAUGGAUUUUCUGUAAAGUCUGGUUAUCCUUUGACCUUCUUCUUCAUGGCUGUUCCCAGAGUGUCACACUCUUCCCCAAAGGCCUGACUUCCCCUUAGCCUGGACUUUCACUCACCCUGAGCAGCCCGUUCCAGCAGGGUGGAUGAUUCCCAACUUUGGUUCUUGCCACAAGCUUCCCAGGCCUUCUCCCCUGGAAAACUCCAGCUUGAGUCCCAGAUCCACUCAUGGGCUGUCCCGGGCAGCCAGCAUUCAUUGUAAGUUUCCUCUUUGAAAACUGGUGUGUGGGUGUUCAGUUCUGUGUCUGGUGGAUAUGGACAGACAGUAACUCUCCCGUGAUCUGUGCUAGCAGUGAGGCAGCUCUGGAACGUAAAGAGCUGUUUGCUUUGAACCGUGAAGAAAACUGUGUUUUGAGUUUAGCUGAGAUUAAAGAAAACAAAAGUUCAUUCAGUGACUGUUAAUGUAAACCUGGUUAUUAAAAUAACUAUGAAAUUACCAA